ACAGCAUCGCAAUUGAUUGUCAGCAACUACUCCAUUGAUCACUGCUUUCUAGCUCAGAGAUUCCCAUGGCCGCAUCAUCAGCGAUGCUGCAGUCAUGCUUCGCAGGCUCCAGAAUUUACUCUGCAGCUCUGCCUUCUAAUGCUCUGUUGUUGCCCAAGCGCGUGGGGCGUGUGUCGCCGGUGAGGUGUCAAGCUGAGGAACAACGUUCUCAGGAACCGCCGGUCACCGUCCCCACUCCGAAGCCCAAGGAAAGCACAAGCUUCUUUGACAUCCUCGCGUUCAGUGGGCCGGGGCCAGAGAGGAUCAACGGCCGCCUGGCUAUGAUCGGCUUCGCGUCGGCGAUCGCGGUGGAGUUAGCGAGGGGGGACGACCUGGCGGCGCAGCUCAUGAACGGAGGGCUGCCGUGGUUCGCCGGCACCGCCGCCUUGCUGUCGGCGGCCUCCUUGGUGCCGCUGCUCAAGGGUGUCAGCGCACAGUCCAAGUCCGGAGGGGUGAUGACGGCGGACGCAGAGCUGUGGAACGGACGCUUCGCCAUGCUUGGAAUAGUGGCGCUGGCCUUCACGGAGUACCUCAAGGGAGGGCCUCUCGUGUGACAUCAAAAUCAAAUAAGAGCAUGAUCAUGCAACCAUGAAAAUCGCACAAAAUUUUCUUGGGAAAACAUAGUUAAAAUCACUGGAUACUUUGUAAACAUUCAGUAGCAUUACAAGUCCAAGACUAUGUAACAUACAAGCUCUUUAGUCAAACUGCUUGGAUAACAGUUUGACUAUAUAACAUACAAGCUCUUUAGUCAAACUGCUUGGAUAACAGUUUGACUAUAUAACAUACAAGCUCUUUAGUCAAA